GAAGGUUUUAAAGGUGACGCCUGUCAAGCUAGGAAGCUAGGUCGCUAGCAGUUAGUAUAGUAUAAUUCGGAGUUAUAGCCCACAGUAUCUAGUAAUACGGCUCUGUUUAAAAUCUUUAUCAGACUGCACCUUUGAUAAAACGGAGCGGAAAUGGCCGCGGCUUCGUUUGUUUCUAUAUUUGUGGUCGUUUUGACCUGAUUAACACUUGUGCUAACGUUAGCUUGUUAGCAGUCCUGGUUGUUUACUGCACCAGCCCCUCUACUGUGGCUCCGCACGGAUUUCCACUGUACGUUCAGUUUAAUUGAAGAGACUCAAGUUUACAAGGUAAAGCAAACAAAUAAAUAAUACACAAGAUGAGUGUGUUUUUACACUAAUAACAAAAGUACUUUAUUUUGGAAAUAACCAGUCACAGUCUAAAUAGGUUGACUGAUAUUACCGGGCUGUCGGACCUCGGUAGGGUUUAUCUCUGGGUUUAGUUAAGAAUAACUUCAAAGCUGACUUUCCGACCAGUCAAACCAGUUUCACUCCCAUGCUAGCUUCAGCCAGCCGGUUAGUGUAUAAGCUGAGUGUAGCUCAUCACUUCCACAGCAGGGGGCGUGUUCCUAAACCUCAUGACAGCCUCGGGAGGGCUUCAAAUAAACCGCAUUUCAACCAGCAAGAAAUUAAAUUAUUUGAUCUGCAUGAAGAUUUUCUGCGUCUCUAUACUUUUACAACACAAGAAUUCAGAGAUGUUCCUGGUAGGGCUGACGGGAGGCAUUGCCUCAGGGAAAAGCACAGUGUCUUCAAUGCUGCGGGAGCUUGGGUGCCCCAUCAUUGAUGCUGAUGUUGUGGCCAGAAAAGUUGUGGAGCCACACACUCCUGCCUACUCUCGCAUUGUCUACCACUUCGGGCCAGCGAUCCUGCUCGAGAACGGUGAGAUCGACAGGCAGAAGCUGGGUCAGCUCAUCUUUGCAAGCGAGGAAAAGAGGAAGCUGCUGAACUCCAUCACCCACCCUGAGAUACAUAAAGCAAUGCUCAAAGAGAUCCUGUUCUACUUUCUCAGAGGGUAUCGCUAUGUGGUGCUGGAUGUGCCUCUUCUCUUUGAAACCAGACGUCUCACUCAGUUUCUGAACCACACUGUGGUGGUUUACUGUGACCCUGCCACUCAGCUAUCGCGCCUGAUGCAGAGGGACGGCCUGACCCAGGAGCAGGCCGAGCAGCGCGUGGCUGCACAGAUGCCACUGAAUGAAAAGCGUGGCCUGGCCAAUCACGUUAUUGAGAACUCAGGCAGCCGGGAGGACACCCACCGGCAGGUUCUGCGGCUGCAUACAAAGCUGGAGGACUCCAUGGACUUCCUCUUAGUGAGGGUCAUUGCUAUUGCUGCCACCGCUGGUCUGAGUGGGAUUCUCCUCUAUGCAGCCAAGAUACUUUUGUCCUAACAGGAAAAAUGAGGGGGGAAAAGGGUUUGGUCCAAGAUGUGGUCAAAGACGAGGAAGUGAAUAGAAGCAGGCAAAGGCAGGUCGGAGAUAAUGAUGCAAUUUACUGUGAGAUUAGUUUCAAAGCACCCACCACCAGAGCUCAGUGGUGUGACAUGCUCUGUUGGAAGUUAACACGGACUUACCUUAUUGACAUAAUGUGGAUUGACAAAUGUUCUUUGGUGUGAAGGGGUUCUAUGUGCAAUUUCUGUGGGUUUUACUAUGAGACACUAAAAUAUGGAUACGUUAGAGGCUCAGUCGCUGUACAAGCUCCCCCAACCUUUGCUGGGUUAUAAGAAUGAUGCUCUCAACUGUGAUGGCAGAUUGGAGCCUAUAAACUGGCUAAAUCUUAAUUUUGAUGCAGCAGUCAAACCAUCAAAUGUGAUAGAUUGUAGAAACUAUGAGACUUUAUUUGGUUACACCUUUUACAUGUUAUCAAAUGAUUCAAAUUAGACAUUUUGGGAUGCCUAAUCUAUUGCAUAGAUUCUAAAUUUAAAAUUAGAGCAAAUGAGCAAAUAAAAGGCAAUGUGGUUUCUGUAGUUUUAAUCCAUUCAGCACCAUCACUUCUCUUUUUUGUAAAAAAAAAAAAAAAAAAAAAAAAAGCCAGCUUUUUCCAGAAUGGAUAUGUUUUAAAUUGGAUAAAAUGCCCUCUUAAAAAAAUAAAAUUUAAGUGCUGAAUAGGAAUGAUCUGAUGCUAACAGAAUAUGAAUACAUGAUUGUAUGUUACUGACCUGUAUAAUGAAGAUAUAUGACAGAAUGUAUUUGACAAUCCAUUUUUAAUGGGAACAAUUUUAAUUUACACAAAUUAACAGACAAUAUUUAUCACUGUAUUUUCUUACACUUGAAGUUGUCCUCUGUAAAUACUGUGAUGUUUCUUUUUUUUUUUUUUUUGAUGCACACUCACUUAUAACUAAAAUACAUUUGUAACAUUAGCUGCUUAACUUAAAUAUAAAUGAUCCAACACCACUGUUUUAAAGGAACAACUAUCA